CGCCGUUGGUCGAGUAAAAGUAUUAGCAUCAGUUAUGGAUAAGAAAAAGAAAGCUAAAGGCUCUGCUAAAUCUCCAAAAUUGCUGAAGAAGGCUAUAAAGCCAACUGAUGAAACUGCUGGACAAAUAAUAAAGAAAAAGCAAGUUGAAGGAAAAACAGCUUCAAAAAUAAAAUCUCCGAAAUUGCCGGAUAAAUCUAAAAAAUCACCAAAUGAGAAAUCUGUGGAUAAAAUAGCAAAGAAAAGAAAGCCAUCGGAUGGAAAAUCGGUGGAAAAAUUAAAAAAGAAGAAGGCUAAAAUCUCUCCUUUCGAAAAAGCUUUGACUGAAAUUCAAACAUCUGAUAAUGAAGAGAAAGAAGUUACAUCUAAUGGAAUUCAGAAAAAUGGCGAAGAGAAGAAAAAUAAGAAAAACUUAAAAAGAAAGAAACUAGAAGAUGACGAUGCCACACCCACUAAAGUUGGGAAAGUUGAAUUAUCAAAGAAAGAAAGGAAGAAGCAGAGAAAAAUGGUUAAGGAUACUUAUGAAUUGAGCACCAAAAUGAAAGAAAUUUGGGAAGAACUAAGAGUAAAAACAAUUGAAGAAAACAAAAAGAAAGAAUUGUCUAAUGCCUUGUUUAAAUUAGUAAAGGGGAAAGCAAGACAGGUUAUAUUUGCUCACGAUACUGUUAGAGUUAUGCAAACUUUGAUUAAAUCGUGUUCAACUGAACAACGAGAUGAACUCUUUGAAGAGCUUAAAGAUGACAUCUUAGAAAUGAUAAGAUCCAAAUAUGCGAGAUUUUUUGUGAGGCAAAUUUUGAAAUGCGGGUCAAAAACUCAGUGCGAAUAUGUAAUUCGUUCUAUGUAUGGAAAUGUUAAGAAAUUAAUGAAACAUAAGCAAGCUUCUCAAAUUCUUGAGGUAGCAUAUAAUGAACAUGCUAAUAACCUACAACGUUCGAAUUUAGUGGAAGAAUUUUAUGGUCCAUCCUUUGCUUUAUUCAAGACAGCUGAAGCAAGAACAUUAACAGAAAUCCUAAAAGCAAACCCAGAAAAAAAAGAGUCGAUAUUGAAAAAUUUACGAGAAUGCCUCUUAGCAGUGAUUGAUAAAUCCCUUUUGGAGCAUUCGAUUGUUCAUCGUCUAUUAUCCGAAUAUAUGGAAUUUGCGGAUGAUCAGCAAAAGACAGAAAUGGGUGAAAAUCUACGAGAGCAAAUUGCUAGAAUCCUACAUACUAGAGAUGGCUCCAGAGUUGCAAUGAAUGUUAUCUGGUAUUCUUCGGCUAAAGACAGAAAGGCUAUCAUUAAAAGUUUUAAAACGUACGUUAAAAAGAUAUGUUUAGAAGAACAUGGACAUUUGGUCCUAUGCGCACUCUUUGAUGCGGUUGACGAUACAAAAAUGAUCGAAAAAGCUAUCUUAUCGGAAUUGUUCAGUUGUUUAAGCGAAAUUGUUUCGGAUGCCCAUGGCAAACAAGUCGUAUUGUAUUUGAUGGCCGCUCGCGACAAGAAAUAUUUUCAUCCUGCAGUCUCUAAAAUUCUUGAAAAGGGUGAUGGCAAUCCCUUUAGUAAGAAAGAUAUGGAUAAGAGAAGAAGCGAGUUACGGGCAGCAGUAGAGCCACAGUUAAUUGAAUACGUUAAAGAAAAUGCUGAAAAAGUGAUAACACACAACUUGGAAAACACAAUACUGCAAGCUCUACUCUUCCAUGGUGAAUUUGAUAAAAAAGCCGUAUUCAAAGCUUUGGCAGGUGUUGCUUGCAAGAAGUUUGGUUUAGAAGAGAAUCAUGUCAUUUCGGACCCUGUUGGCCAUUGGACUUUAAAACGACUUGUGUUAAAAGAACCGGGCUUUGCUAAAGUUUUGGUGGAUGAGGCUAAAGAAAAGAAAUUACAAUCAUGGAGUCUUUGUAAUAGAGGUUGUUUUGUUUUGCUUGCAUUGUUAGAGCAAGAGGAUGCCAACAUUAAGGAAUUUGUUAAAGAGGCCCUCAAUCCUGUAAAAAAUAAUCUUAAAAAAGAAAAGUUUCCUGGAGCUAAAAUUUUAGCCAAAAAUAUAUAACUCUUAAUUUCCAUAAUUGUAACAAGUGUUCUUUAUGCUAUUGUAGAGCCAGUAAAAUUGUACUAUGAAGUUCGGUACAUUUAUGAAAAAUGACUUUGACAAUAAAAUAAUACAACUAAGACCGAAUGAUCUAAUGAUCUUUGUUAAUUGUCGUUUAUCUCAAACUAACUCACUUUUCAAUAAAUCAUUAAUUAUUUAUAAACAAAGAGACAUAUAAUUCAUUUCAUUCUAACUAAUCUACUGAUGGACAAUGAAAUAUUGAGAUAUCUCUACAAAUAGGUAUAUGUAUUAUGAUCAAUCUAAAAAAGUUACGAUGAGAAUAUGAGUUUAUGAGUUAAUAUGAGAAUGAUGAUGAAUUAAAAAAGGCAGUAAAGGCUUUUUUCAGGUCCAAACCGCCCUUAUACUUCGCCAAAGGAAAUGAUAUGCUUCCCGCCAGGUUGCAAACAUGCAUUGACAAUAAUGGGCAACUUGAAGCUAUAUAGACAUACCUAAGACAUUAAUAAAUAUAUAUGAAUAAAUAGAUUAUGUAAUUUUUUUCUUUUUUUAGCUGUAAGACACAAAGUGGAUAGCCUUUUCAGAUUGAUCCUAAUAUCUUAUAUCUGUUAUUCAUUAAUUUGCUGAUAUCUAUCAUAUCAAGCAUAUUGUCCCUGUAUUAACUCUGCACUAAAAUCUUUCUCAACUUCUUUAAUAGAAGCGUAGUUGUCCCAAAUCUGACAUAUUAUCUCAGAUGUUACAACAUCUUCCGAAUUUUCAGAAAUUAUCUUCAAGAUAAAUUCUCCGUCUCUGCAUAAAUAUCUUUUGAAAUCUCUAAUAUCUAAACUUCCUCUUAGUUUCGAUUUGAGAUUUUCCCUUAGAAAUCUGUCAUUGUUGGUAAUAUAACGGAAAAAUUGUUGAACAGAUGCCAAAAAAGUGAUAACAGAUACAAAAAGUAGCCAAACCCAUAAUAUAUGGAAUAUAAUGAAAUUCCAUUCAUUUAUUGCUAAUCUGCAUUCCAAUAUAUGCCUAUGAAUCCUACUCAACAUUCUUACAUUGUAUUCGCACGUAAUUGAUCUUGGAAAAUAUUCAUUCAUCGUUAGAUUAUAAUCGUUAGCUAUCUUUUGAUAUCUAUGUUUGAAGAUACCCCAAUUAAACAUCAUCCCAAAUAGUACCAUUUGUCCAAUCCCGUUUAAAAGAUACAUCUUUCUAACAAAUCCAUAGACUGUUGGAAGAAGACUAGAAUUCUUUUGAAGUACUUUUGAAGAUAUAAUUUGAAGUUUCUUUUUUCGAGUAUCAUUCUCUUCUGUAUAAGCUAGAUUUUCGGCAGAAUUAACAAUUUGAUCUAGAUUUGUACCGUAAACUCUAUAGAAACAUUUCCAAACAAUACUAGGAGAGUAGGAAACGAAAGCUUGUAAGAGAAGUAUCAGGGAAAACCAUUUAAAGUAGUUAUUAAUGGUUUUUUUAUUACCAUGUUUUGUUGGUAUAGCACUGUCUGAACGGAAAUAAUAACUAUCUGUAUAUAGACAUGCAGCUUGACCAUGUUGUUCGUGUGAAUUCGUAAAUUGACUGGGAAAACGACAUUGAAUUCCUUUUCCAGAAACUUGAAUAUAAACAACAAAUAAUGAUGCUAAAAUGAAGAUAAUAACGGUAUAUUUUCUCGAAAGUUUAUCAACUAUUCCAUCGUCUUUAGAAAAGUUGAAAAUACUGAAAUGGAACCGUCUCGCAACCAUUUUUUAGAAAAAGUACGUUGUGUUAUAAAUGUAUAGAGCUUUUAUACGGAAAUUUCGCAAU